AUGAAGGAGGUUCGCGUAGUCAUCAUGGGAGGCGGAGGCGUCGGCAAGACAGCCCUGACCGUGCAAUUCGUACGCAACCUGUUCGUCAGCACCUACGACCCUACCAUCGAAGACACAUACCGCAAGCUGCUCGUCAUCGACGGCCAGCAAUGCAUGGUCGAGAUCCUCGACACGGCCGGAACCGAACAAUUCCUUGCGCUCAAAGAACUCUACAUCAAAUCAGGCCAGGGCUUCAUUCUCGCCUUUUCACUCACGUCGCUCGCCAGCGUCAACGAGCUCGGCCCAUUGCGCGAAGCCAUCGUGCGCAUCAAAAAUACCACAGGGAUACCGCUCGUGCUUGUGGGAAACAAGUCGGAUCUGCGCGCCGAUCGACAGGUGCCUCGCGAGGUGGGCACCAGUUUGUCCAAGGCGUGGGGGAAUGUACCUUACUACGAAGCGUCGGCCCGCAAGCGUGUCAAUGUCGACGAGAUCUUCGCGGAUGUCGUGCGCCAAAUUCGCGCGUUUGACUUGGUUCACGGCAGAGCGGGGACGACGGGUGGGCAUGGUCCAGGAGGCAGACACGGGUCUGCGUCCAAUGGCGGCGCUGCCACUGGGUCCAAGGACAACAAAUCAGCAGGUGGUGGUGGUGGCGCCGCUGGUGGCACAGCCUUGCGGUCGCGCGAAAGAAAAAAGUGCGUCAUUAUGUAG